AUGGCCUUUCCCCGCCACAGGUCCCUGAAACCCAAGAUCCUGACCUGCCUUCUGGUGGGUUUGAGUUUCUCGCUCCUGCAUCACUGGUUCUUCGGAGCCCCCAGGUUUCAACAGGAGCAGAGAUCGGAUGGGUUCCAGCAGGUGACCCAUGUGGCCCCUGCUGCCACGUCGCCGUCCAGCCCAGGGCCUCCGUGCGUGGCCAACGCCUCGGCGAACGCCACGGCUGACUUUGAGAAGCUGCCCGCGCGCAUCCAAGACUUCCUGCGGUACCGCCACUGCCGCCACUUUCCGCUGCUCUGGGACGCGCCGGCCAAGUGUAGGGGCAGCCGCGGGCCCUUCCUGCUGCUGGCCGUGAAGUCGUCGCCGGCCAACUUCGAGCGGCGCGAGCUCAUCCGCCGCACGUGGGGGCAGGAGCGCAGCUACGGCGGGCGGCCGGUGCGCCGCCUCUUCCUGCUGGGUACGCCCGCACCCGAGGACGCCGAGCGCGCAGAGCAGCUGGCGGAGCUGGCCGCGCUGGAGGCGCAUGAGCAUGGCGACGUGCUGCAGUGGGCCUUCACCGACACCUUCCUCAACCUCACGCUCAAGCACGUGCACCUGCUCGACUGGCUGGAGGCCCGCUGCCCGCACGCGCGCUUCCUUCUCAGCGGCGACGACGACGUCUUCGUGCACACGGCCAACGUGCUCCGCUUCCUGGAGGCAAAGUCGCCCGACCGCCACCUCUUCGCCGGGCAGCUCAUGAGCGGCUCCGUGCCCAUCCGCGAGAGCUGGAGCAAGUACUUCGUGCCCCCGCAGCUCUUCCCCGGGUCCGUCUACCCCGUGUACUGCAGCGGCGGCGGCUUCCUCCUGUCCCGCCACACGGCCCAGGCCCUGCGCCAGGCCGCGCGCCGCACCCCGCUCUUCCCCAUCGACGACGCCUACAUGGGCAUGUGUCUGGAGCGCGUCGGCCUGAAGCCCAGCGGCCACGACGGCGUCCGGCCUUUCGGCGUGCAGCUGCCCGGCGCCCGGCAGCCCUCCUUUGACCCCUGCAUGUACCGCGAGCUGCUGCUGGCGCACCGCUUCGCGCCCUAUGAGAUGCUGCUCAUGUGGAAGGCGCUGCACGACCCCAGGCUGAGCUGUCACCGGGGGCACAGGGUCCCUUGA